AUGUACUUUGAGCCUAAUAUUGUUCACUCUUCUUUAUCUCGAUUUGAGCUCGAGAUGGUUUUGUCUUCUUCCUCAUUUUCUCGCCCUUUCUCUUCUAACACUACUGAUGGGGACUCAAUUGAACAUUCGCAUCAGUAUGAAGGGAAAGAUCCGGAGUCCCGAAUACAAAACGCGGCUCCCCGGCCUGAGCAAGUAACCUCAUCCCCGUCGCCGUUACUUCUUCAGCCUGUGCAGGUACUGGAUUUUGAGCCGGGGAUCCGUGAUGCGGAGCUUACGCCAUUGUCGCCAUCGCCGUCGCCGUCCUGCGAACCACUUCCAAGAUCACACACACAGUCCACAAUUGAUCUGCAAUAUGAACAUGAAAGCCUCACAGCGCUUCCCCCAACACAAUGUCCUUCAGACUCAGACUCGCGCACAAUCAUCGAAGAUGUGGAGGAGCAUAUAUUAGCAACUGCGCCGCAUUUGGCUUCUAUACCCGAAGAAAUUGCUGAAAAUGACGACGGGUGUGGGUCGACCCGAAAACCUUUGAUCCCGGAAUCAUCUUCACUGCCGUCGCCCACAACUCCAAUAAUAACUGCUGUCGACGAUGUCCUAGUAGCGGCGACUACAUGGCCCAUGUCUGGUGAGACGGACACUACUUCAUCAAUUCCCACCUCGGGUAUUACAGAAGGCCUGGUUAUACCACCAUCACCAUCACCAUCAUCACCACUGGCACCACAUCAGAACUUUACUGGAACGUCAAAUUCUGCACCUGAUGUCCAACCCAUUGGGAUAAGUCCCAGUGCAGGUGAUGACAGUGGGGAUGUAUCAGAAACUGAUUCUACCAAUGAGGAUAACAACUCUAUAUUCGACGAUGACUAUCAUUCUGUUACAUCCAGCUAUACUGCAUCCCUCUUAUCAGAUGUGAAAGACUACGCAUACGAAAAUGGUCGAAGAUACCACUCUUACCGUGAGGGUCACUAUGUGCUCCCAAAUGAUGAUCAAGAACAAGACCGACAAGACCUACUUCACCAUGUCCGCAACCUCGUUCUGAAUGGAGAUCUCUACCGCGCUCCAAUGAACGAGAAUAGCUUACAGCGAGUCCUUGACAUAGGUACUGGCACAGGCAUUUGGGCAAUUGAUUUCGCCGACAGCCACCCCGGCGCCGAAGUCAUCGGCACAGAUCUAAGUCCAAUUCAACCAUCAUGGGUGCCUCCAAAUCUACGAUUCCUAGUAGAUGACGCGGAGUCGCCAUGGCUAUUCAGCUCUACUCGACCAUUUGACUUCAUCCAUAUCCGUGAUCUUGGAGGCUCCAUUGCAGACUGGCCCCGGCUCCUAGAACAGGCCUACGCCAAUCUGAAACCUGGGGGAUGGAUUGAGUUGCAGGAAUUUGAAGUCACGCUGAAGUCGGACAACGACUCACUUCGUUUGGCGCCGACCUUGUGCGAGUUUCUCGGCCGGCUGCACCAGGCCAGCGAAGCGUUUCACCGACCCAUGAAUAUCGCCGAGGGACAUCGGCAGGGGCUGGUGGAGGCUGGUUUUGAAGAUGUCAGAGAUGAGGUGUACAAGGUUCCAUCCAGUACUUGGCCCAGGGAUCCCAUUCAAAAACAAAUUGGUCGAUAUAAUCUGUGCUCCCUGCUGAUGGCAGUUGAAGCUUACUCUCUCGCAUUGUUUACCCGGGUCCUGGGAUGGUCCAAUACUGAAACCCAGGUUUUCCUAGCUGGCGUACGUAGAGAUCUGAAGAAUCCAGAUGUUCAUACCUAUUGCAACCUGCACAUUGUGUACGGCCGGAAGCCGGAUCCUCAUUCUCGGGGCGCAAUGUAG